AUGCUUAACAUCCAACGCCAACAACAACAGCAGCAGCAAGAGUUUCGAGCGUCUCCUUUGAGUCCCACCACGGUGUCGAGGGAGCGCGCGUCGGUAAUUGAGGGCGGACACUCGGACUUGCUAACCGCCCACACCCAUCGCGCGGAGGAGGGUGAGAUUCGUGAACUGACGGGCGUCUCUGUGGGCGAAUCGUUGGCUGGUGGUACAGCAGCCUCGGCUGACUACAGACGCUUAAGGGAGACGCAGUAUUCGCAUUCCCUGGCGAAGAGUUGCACCCGGGGCGUCAGCUCGCUACUCAUGCCACCCUCGGUGCGUCGCAAGUUGAAAGCGGUAGCAGAGGUGCAGCGCCAGGCCAAUCCAGACAUCUCUGCGUGUUCACAGGACGCCGAGGAAGCGUUGCGCUUCCUUUUGCUCGAAACGACCCGUCGACCCAUAGAGGUGUCGAACCUGGCAACAUUUUCACCGCGGCCUGGUCAACGUUUCGAUCCGAGUAGUUUUGACAGUCAAUUUACAGCACGGAUUGAGCGACCAUUGAAGCACGCACACCUAAGGGAGCUGUACAAGGCGGAGCAGGAGAUGCACGACAUGUCAGAUGCCUUGUCAUCAGUUUCAUUCACUAAUUCCACUAUAUCGGAAGUGGAUGAGCUUGAAGCAUUGUCAUUUGAGAACAAACAGUAG